AUGGACGACCCGGAAGCACCCUUGCUCUCUACAGUCCCGCCGACAUGGACCACCAUCCUGACGCCAAUCACCUCGCUGUCACCGAUGAGCAGGCUUCUCCUCUUUGUCCUGGUCUUCACCUUGAUCCUGAUCAACUUCUGUUUCUUCCGUCUGGCGACAGUGCUUAAUCGGGAUCCGAUAUAUCGCCGCACACGGUCUUCCUCCGACAACCCACCCCAUCUACUAAUUGUGCUGGGCUCGGGCGGGCACACGGCCGAAAUGCUCAAUAUCCUCGGCCAAUACCGCAGACUACAGCACGACUGGCCACAAAGAACCUACGUCGUCAGUUCGGGUGAUGACUUCUCGGCGUCAAAGGCACGCGAAUUUGAGAUUGACAUGUUCUCAAAGUCGAAGGAAGCGGACCCGAGUGGGGAUGCCAAUCCGGCACUUUCGGCAGGGCCAACGGGAUACGACAUCGUCACAGUCCAUCGCGCGAGACGCGUCCACCAAAAUCUCCUGACCACUCCGUUUUCAAGUCUUCGCUGCCUGUGGGACUGUGUCAAAGUACUCCGAGGAACGCACCCCGAUUUCUGCGCGCACUUCUCCAGGCCAUCGACCCCGGAUCUCAUCCUCACCAACGGCCCUGGGACCGGCGUCAUCGUGAUCCUCGCAUCGAUCAUUCUCCUCUUCUUCGGCAUCGCAGGUCCGUCGGCUGCCUUGCCACGGUCGAAGAAAGUAAUGAAGCACGAUACCGGCGAUGGGAAUGCAUCAGCCAGGUCUGGUCAAAUGCGGAGCAUCUACAUCGAGUCCUGGGCGCGGGUUAGAACCCUCUCUCUCAGUGGCCGACUGCUCAAGCCCCUGGUGGACCGCUUCCUAGUGCAAUGGCCGCAACUCGUCGAGAAGGAAACGCCAGGAACAGGGAGAGUCGAAUAUGUAGGCAGUCUGGUGACUUAG